CUCGUCAUUUUCCCUCCGAUUAUCUUUUAGAAAUGGCAGGAGCAAUCAUAGAGAACAUGAGUAAAAAAUUGGUUGUAUUUGGUUUCUUUAUUCUUAUUAUCCAAGUUUUUUCCAUCUUGGUUGGAGCAUUGAUUGCUCCCAGUCCCACCAGUGCCAUCCGCUAUUUGGCCACCAAAUGCAUUAACCGCCACAGGACACGUGUCUGGCUCAUGCCGUGGGGUUCCAACCGGUGCCAGCAGGUCCACAGUUUUGACGAACCUUUGGCAAAAAUGCUGGAUGCGAAUGACAUUGUUUUUGCUGUGCAUGUACCUCUACCCAACAAGGAGAUGAGCCCCUGGUUUCAGUACAUGCUGGCUGUUCUGCAGUUUGACAUUGCCUUCAAAAUGAUCAAUCAGAUCAAGGAUGAUGUCAUCGUCACUAUUGAUGCUCGUCUGGCAUACAGGGAUGAUUUGAAGUCCGAGUGGACCACAAAGUUUCACUCAGUGGAGCAAAGGCCGCUCAAGUGCACAUUUGCAGUCCCAAAGACAUAUGAAAAUGAAGGCCGCUUUUAUCACUGUGACCCCGUACCAUUAAUGGAAAUGGGAAAUGUGGCGCACAAAUAUUUUUUAGUCAACCUGCGUUUGCCGGUGAACGACACAAUAAAUGAUGGCAUUGGAGAAAUAAAAGACAUCCAUAUAGUGGGCAUCCACCAGAACGGAGGCUUCACUAAAGUGUGGAUGAGCAUGAAAACGGUGUUCACUCCCUGGAUAUUUGUGGCAACAGCCUGGUAUUGGCACAGGAUUAGCAUCAUGGCAAGACCCCCAGUCCUUUUAGAAAAGGUGAUUUUUGCUCUGGGCAUCUCAAUGACCUUCCUGAACGUGCCGGUGGAGUGGCUGUCUCUGGGGUUUGAGUGGACAUGGAUGCUGCUGUUUGAAGACGCCCAGCAGGGAGUGUUCUAUUCCGCACUCUUCUGUUUCUGGAUCAUCUUCUGUGGUGAACACCUCAUGGACCAAAGUCAGAGGAACAGGCUCUUGGCGUACUGGUGGCAAGUUGGACUUGUGGUGUUUGGCUCAUGUGUUCUCCUCAUAUUUGACCUGAGUGAAAGGGGGGUUCAUUUGAGCAAUCCUUUCUACAGUGUGUGGGGAUCAGACUUUGGGACAAAUGUUGCAUUGACCUUCAUUAUUGUGGCAGCUAUUUCGGUUUGUCUUUAUUUCUUCUCGCUGUGUCGCAUGGUGUGCUGUGUGUUCAGGAAUAUUGGUGGGAAAGUGCAGCAACUCCCUGCAAUGCCAGAGGCGAGGAGGCUUCGCUACAAGGGUAUAAUCUUCCGGUUUAAGUUUUUAAUGCUAGUAACUCUCGCAUGUGCAGCUAUGACAGUCAUCUUCUUCAUCCUUAAUCAGAUCAGUGAAGGUCACUGGCACUGGGGAGACUGCACUCUCCAAGUCCACAGUGCUUUUCUCACAGGGAUCUACGGCAUGUGGAACCUGUAUGUCUUCACCAUCAUCUUCCUCUAUGCUCCCUCACACAAGCACAACAGAAACAAGUCGAGAGACAGUCAGCACACAGAAUGCAUUACAGAUAUGACAGAGAAGCCGGAAAGCCAAGAAACACAGCUGACAUGUGGAGAGCAGGGACCAACGGAGGCCUACAGGAUCACCGGGAAGAUGGCUGAGGAUUAACUGAAGAUUAAAAAACAUUUAUUUUUUAUUUAUUCCUGAAUGUUUUUCCUGUGUUGUCCAUUCUAUAUACUGUUAAAGUUAAUGUACAUUAUUGUCACUUUUAAAUAGCAGAAAUGAACACAGUGGGGAAAAUAAGAGCUACAGGAAGAUGCAGUGUGAGGGAAUAUGAAGUUUGUUAAUAGGUUCAGAAAUAUGAAACUUGGUAUAAUUGGCUGUGUGCUCUGGGUCAUUAUCUUGCUGUCAAACAAAUCUUCUCCUCAAGUUGCAGUUCUCUUGCAGACUUCAUCAGCUUAUCUUCCAAGAUUUCCCUGUACUUUACCGGAUCAAUUUUCCCUUCUAUCUUUACAAGCCUCAAUGGGCAUGCUUUCAAGAAGCGCUGCAACAUCAUGAUGGUGCCACCACCAUGCUUCAUGGUGGAGAUGAUGUGUUUGUGAUGAUGUGCAGUGUUUGGUAUCUGUCUCACUUGGUAUAUAUACAGUUAAUGAAAAUAAAUGAUUAGACUAGA